CACCAUCAUGCCAUGGGCUUUCGCUCUUCCACCAACAUGGUGCGAUUCACGCCGCUGCGCCUGCUGUGCGCAGCCGUGAUGCUGUGCGUCCUCUACCUGCACUCGUCCCUCCGCGACAUGGUGCCGUACGUUGAGCGUGGCUAUGACAUCCUCCAAGACCGGCCCACGCCCGCGCGCCCAGCCCAGACCAAGAUCCGCUAUGGUGAAGAGUGCUCCCCGUUCAAGAGCGGGGUCAUGGAGGACGUGACCAUUGUCUUGAAGAUUGGCGCGGGCGAGGCCACUACGAAGCUGCCCGCGUAUUUGAACCGCCUCGGCCGCUGUAAACAAGACUUGCUUAUCUUCUCUGACCGCGAGGCCACUUUCCAAGGCUUCGAAAUUGUAGACGCCCUCUCCCAUAUCCGCCCCGAAUACAAGUGGGAAAACCCCGACUUCAACGUAUACGAUCGCAUACAAGCCGCGAACGACACGCCCGACCAGUCACCAGAUGGCUGGAAGCUGGACAAGUACAAGUUCCUCCCAAUGACGGAGUGGACAUCGUACUUGCGACCGGACUCGCACUGGUACCUGUUCAUUGAGAUGGACACAUACGUCAACUACGACAACCUCUACCGCUUCCUAACGAACUUCAACCCCAAAUCGGCGCAUUACUUUGGAUCACCGGUUUGGCCGAAGAAGAAGGCGCCUUAUGCGCGCGGCGGUAGUGGCUUCAUACUGUCGCGCGGGGCACUGGAUAAGCUCAUGGCUCGUGGGAGGAUGUUUGCAGAGAACCACCACUUCCCAGGCACACACUUCUUCGGCGAGGACGUGGCUGAAUCUUGCUGCGGCGACGAGAUGUUAGCCCAGGUGCUGAAGAAAAGCGGGGUCCCUCUUCGCGGAUACUGGCCCAUGUUCAGUGGCGACAAGCCCCCCACACUACGGUUCGGCCCAGAGCAAUGGUGUGAGGCUGUCGUAACGAUGCAUUCUAUGCAAGAAGAAGACUACACUGGUCUUUCACAAUGGGAACAAGUCCGAAAACACCCAGAAAGGGCGUUGAUGUUUGAGGAGCUCUUCAACCUCAUCGAGCCGCGGCUACAAGGCAAGGCGGACGACUGGACCAAUAUGUCAGAUGAUGUGAUCCAUACCAAGGGCGCAUCAAUUAAGUCAUUCAACAACUGCGAACGCGCAUGUCUGAAAGACAAAAAGUGUCUACAAUACGAACACACCGGCACACAGUGUAGACUAUCGCACGGCAUCAGACUCGGCGAGCAGCGGCUAUCUCGUGAAGACGAGAAGUACGUGUCAGGAUGGAUGCUAGGCCGGAUCAAGGAUUUCAAGAAGGCAUAUUCGCCUUGUCAAGGCGCGCACUUCGUUUACUCCAACCCAUGAGCGACUGUCUCUCAUGAUCAUGAUUAUGACAUGAUGUCUCUUUUACGGUACAUGGUUUACUGCAUUGAAGGCGUUUGAUACCUAUCGCGUUUUGGCCGGCGCUGUAUGUUGUCUAUACCGGCGCCUUUUGGCCUACUGCGACUUGCAUUUUAGUGUUGAGGUUGAUUUAGACGACAAUGUGUUCGCUCUGGCUAUGUACAAGUACAAGACGACGCUCAUCCACAAGGGCUGCGUCAACAUGUACGCAUUUUGCUCUUUCAUCGCGAAUACCAACGAAUAGCUAUAUCGUAAUUUAGUCUAAUGAUAUUGUAGAUCUUCAUUACUGCGACACGGCUAGGCCAACGCUUUUACUUUGUGGUAAGCAUCAAGCGCCCGGAGUUCACAACCAACUACGCAGCCCAAUGGAUCAAAGGAUCUGCCAGUGAGCAGCUGCUCGAAAGAGCGUAGUGCCCACACGCCAAGCGCGCGUCUUCCAGAAGUAUAGG